CAUGCGGUCGCCACGCCACACGUCGCACAUGCGAACUGUACAGUAUUUAGCCCUGUCGUCAAGGCCACCUCCGGCCAGCCGCCGCUGCCGCUGCUACGCCAUUUUUGGAUCCCCCGUCCUCACCCCCUGUCCGCCAGCAGCCGCAGACCUCGCGAUCUCAUCUCGCCGUCGCCUGGAUUGCCAGUUGCAGCGCCCGUUUGGCAGGAGCCUAGAAACACCUAUCUGGGCCCGAAGGAUCCCUCUGAAAUCUGAAUCCACGAUAGCGACAUGAAUUUUGUGUAAUUUUCCUCCAAUUGGGAAAGGGGCGUGCAGCUUCCUCUGUUUUCUUUCGUUUUCAGCCGUUCCUGCGCGUCUGCUCUUGUCCCAUUCAAUCGGCGUCGGCAUGCCCACCGGAGGAGACGCCGGGGGUGGUGGUGGUGGUGGUGGGGAGAAGGGAAGGAGGAAGAAGGUGGAGCUGCUGCAGGAGGCCAUUCAUGGGCUCCUGGAGGAGAAAAGGGGCAAGCAGCGACACCAAGGGGAAGAGGGCGCCAUGGAUCAUGAGGAGGAUCUCUUCCUCUCCUCGUUGCUCUCCAAGUUGGACUCGCUGGAAAACGAUGUCGAUCCGGACGGUGCCGAACCGAGCUCCAUCAAUCCUCACCCGGAGAGCGGCGAGGAGGCGGGGCCAGGCGACGUGGCGAAAGACCUGGGCAAGAUCAAGAGGCAGAACAUGAUCACCCACAUCCUGCUCGGCACGGUGAUGGUGAUGAUCGCCGCGUGGCAGUUCAACGAGGUGUCGUUCCUCCUCGCGGUGCAGAAGAAGCUGACCAACCCUUUCAAGUCCGUCGGGGACAUGGUCAAGAGCACCCUCAAGAUAGGGAAGAAGCCGAUGGCCGAGGCGAUCGAGGCGUCGCCUCUGCCCCCUGUCGGCGCCCCGGACGUUGCUCGGGCUGAUCUGCCGAUGCUGGCCAUCGGCGACGGCGAUAGCUAGAUCCGCAGGAUGAGGAGGGAUGACUCGUGCGGCAGAAAUGCCAUGUGUUCUUCCCUCCAGAUAUUGUUAUGUUGUUCGUCUUGUCUAGAGAUGAGAUUUGUAUGGCCAUGUGCCGGUGCAUGUGUUCUGGGCUGGUGCCGCAAGUAGGAGAAACUGAAUCUAAUUCGGCAUCUUAUGAUCUUUGCACCAUUUGUUACUGGAGUCGACCAUCAUCACCUGAAGAAUGCCUGGGACGGUUGAACCAUCUCUUAGAAACAGCCCUGUAUUUCAGACAAGGGUGAAGUGGAGGAAUGUGUUUGAUUGAUUUCCAUGUGUAGUUUCAGCAAACUCUUUGUACUACUACUGAAGCAAGCGUGUCUGUAGCUGAGCUGAUGUCUGCAGUUACACUUCAUUUCCCUCCAGAUAUUGUUAUGUUGUUCGUCUUGUCUAGAGAUGAGAUUUGUAUGGCCAUGUGCCGGUGCAUGUGUUCUGGGCUGGUGCCGCAAGUAGGAGAAACUGAAUCUAAUUCGGCAUCUUAUGAUCUUUGCACCAUUUGUUACUGGAGUCGACCAUCAUCACCUGAAGAAUGCCUGGGACGGUUGAACCAUCUCUUAGAAACAGCCCUGUAUUUCAGACAAGGGUGAAGUGGAGGAAUGUGUUUGAUUGAUUUCCAUGUGUAGUUUCAGCAAACUCUUUGUACUACUACUGAAGCAAGCGUGUCUGUAGCUGAGCUGAUGUCUGCAGUUACACUUCAUUUC